UCACUUCUCUGCGUGACUCGCUGCUUCUCUCUCAGAUGACCGACACACUGUUGAGGCUUUGACUGAAUCCUGAGACCCUGACAUGAGUUUCUACAGUGAUGUGUCCACGGACGAGCUGGUGACUUUGGGGUGGUACCACUAUGACCUGUCCCGCCAUGCUGCAGAGGCCCUUCUCUUGUCUAAUGGGACUGAUGGAAGUUAUCUCCUGAGAAACAGUAAUGAGGGACCAGGCUGCUUCGCCCUGUCUGUCAGGGCAAAGGAUUCUGUCAAGCAUUUUCACGUGACACGCAAAGACAACGGCUAUGUGUUUGGGUUUAAUGAGUUUGCAACCCUUCAUGACUUUGUCAACCACUUCGCUAACCAGCCUCUCCUGGGCAGUGACACAGGAACCCUCAUCGUGCUGAAGUGUCCGUAUCCGUGGCGUGUGGAGGAGCCAUCCAUCUAUGAGUCUGUACGAGUUCACACAGCCAUACAGACAGGCCGCACGGAAAAUGAUCUGGUGCCCAAAGCCACAUCGCUGGGCACAAAGGAAGGCUAUCUGGUGAAACAAGGAGCAAUUGUGAAGAACUGGAAACAGAGGUGGUUCACACUCAACAGAUAUGAUCUCAAAUACUUCAAAGACAAAGCGUGUGAGGGGCCCAUUCGAACCCUGGAUCUGAGAGCCUGCUCCGCAGUCCAGUUUGACUACUCUCAGGACAGAGUAAACUGUUUCUGCCUGGUGUUUCCUGAGAGGACAUUUUAUCUUUGUGCAAAGGCGGGAGUGGAGGCGGAUGAGUGGAUCAAGAUCCUGAGGUGGAAACUGUCACAGAUAAGCAAAGGUCGAUGACUGCUGUCAGUGGAGACUCCGGAGAUGGAAAGAAGCCCCAAGUUCAUAGAAGACGUCACAUCAGCUGGAUGAACAAUGAAGAACAGCACCAUUGAAAACUGAAGAGUAGACUGGAGCGUGAAUAACACUGGGACACAUGUCCCUUAGUGUACUGACUGGAGGCUAACUACUUGGAUGUGACUCCACUUUGCUUUAUGAUAGUCCAAAGAUGCUUUAGUUCUCAUGUGUCCUGCAGUCUAUCUUUGCUGCUUUUCUUGCCCAGAGGAUGUUUGUUCCGAGUAUGUUUUGCUUUAACACCUACUUAAAGGGGACAUAUGAUGAAAAACUCUGCUUGUGUACUGAAGUGCCUACCAACCCACAAACUGUAAAAUAAAACAACCCAGUCAGGUUUCCUGAGCUGCCUAGAUCUUUGCUUAAGAUCUAUCAGGCUUCAAUACACACACACACACACACACACGCACACACACAACCACGCCUGUAAUGUCAUCAUUUUAGGGGCAUCAGGCUUUGGUGUUCCAGGGCAGCAAGGCCGUCAAAUAAAACAAUGAUUUUAAGUCCACGGAAAUAAUGAAUUUAUCUCAAGGGUUAAUGAAGGAUGAUUUUAUUUUUAAUACAUAGUAUAACUAUCAUUGAAAUAAAUACAUUUAAAAAAACAAAAAAA